AACAAAGGAAGCGAAGAAUCGCAAUGGAAAAGCAAGAUGGGAAGAGAGUGGUGAUUCUAGGAGGUGGUGUCGCCGGUUCCAUCCUCGCUAAAUCUCUUCAAUUCCAUGCCCAUGUCACCCUCAUUGAUCCGAAGGAAUAUUUUGAGAUUUCAUGGGCAAGUUUGAGGGCAAUGGUUGAGCCAUCCUUUGCAGAGAGGUCGGUGAUCAACCAUAGAGAUUACCUUACCAAUGGCAACAUUGUUGUGUCCAGUGCCGUCAAUGUGACCGAAACCGAAGUGUUGACGGCUGAUGGUCAUCGGAUUGAGUAUGACUAUCUUGUUAUUGCCACUGGCCAUGCCGAUCAUGUCCCCAAAACUAGGAGUGAAAGACUUAAUCAGUUCAAAGAAGUUGGUACAUGGGUUAUGAAGUUCAUUUUCUCUGCAGAAAAUCAAAAGAUAAAAUCUGCCAGUUCCAUUUUGAUUGUUGGAGGAGGCCCCACUGGCGUGGAACUUGCUGGAGAGAUAGCCGUUGAUUUUCCAAAUAAGAAGAUUACCCUAGUGCACAAAGGAUCAAGGUUACUGGAAUUCAUUGGGGCAAAAGCUGCUGAUAAGACUCUAAAAUGGUUGACAUCAAGGAAUGUCACAGUAAAACUAGAGCAAUCAGUUGACUUAAACGCUGCCACAGAUGGACGGAAGAUAUAUCAAACUUCACACGGAGAGACCAUUGAGGCAGAUUGUUAUUUCUUAUGCAUAGGGAAACCGCUUUCUUCAGCAUGGCUUAAGGAAACUGUGUUGAAGAAUGACUUGGAUGUUCAGGGAAGGAUUAAGGUGGAUGACCGUCUGAGAGUCAAGGGUCGGAGCAACAUUUUUGCAAUUGGAGAUAUUACAGAUAUUCCAGAACUCAAGCAAGGGUUUUUGGCACAGCAGCAGGCUGCAGUGGUUGUGAAUAACUUGAAGGUGAUGAUAGAGGGAGGAAGAGAAUGUAGGAUGGAAUCUUACAAACCACAUUCAGCAAUGGCAGUAGUUUCACUUGGUAGGAAAGAUGCAGUGGCACAGCUUCCAUUCGUCACACUCGUUGGAAGAGUUCCUGGCUUCAUCAAGUCUGGAGAUUUGUUUGUUGGUAAAACAAGAAAGCAAAUGGGACUCGACCCUCAUCCUAUACAAGCUUGACUCGACAUCGUGCAUGAUGUGUAUAAAAAAUCAAUCUGUUUCAUAGUUUAUGUACAUUAUUGGUAUAUUGGUGCCUUUUUUCAGUUGGUUCUUUCCUAAAAAGAAUUUAUUUGCACCAUAUGUAAAUUAUCCAUAUGCUGAUAAGUGGUGGUGUUUCUUGAGAUGUAACUGUGUGAGAAGCAGAAGCAGAAGCAGGAUGCAGAUGUUAGCAUUGACAUAUGUGGUUUCAUAAAAUUGAUUGGAUGCUUGGUUUCCUUGGAAAAUGUUUGACAUACUACAUGCCUCUCUUACAUAUCUAAAUUUUCUUUUCUGCACCAUUUAGACGGAGAUCUAGUCACUUUUGUCCCUUCUUCCCUGUUCCUGUUACCAACCUAACCUUACCAAACGCAAGACAGUUGAUGGGUAUGUAUCCAUUCCAUGUACUUGAGAGACUGCAUUUUAUUUAACAUGUUGAUUGAUGACUUCACUGGCGUAGGGGAUUGUGCGUGCUGUAUUGAAUUAUAAUAUUUUAGAAAAAGUGUAUUGAAUAACAGGUUGUAAUAUUAAAAGCAUGUAUAAUUUUUCUAUUGAUAAUUAUGGUAAUGACUAAACAUAAAUAGAUCAAAACAAGUGAAAGGGAAACAUUGACAUUGUUUCUUCAAGUAUGUGCUUGCUCUGAUUAAUUGACUAUCAGCAAUAAACUUAAAUAUUAUAUUCUACUUUUACUCCUGGUUAAAAAUUAUACAGAGAAAGAAGGAAAGUUCGUUUCCUACGAGGUGCAAACGUAUCUGCUUCAGCAAUCCUACACAGAACAAGCACACCCAAAACCAAAUCUGAGUUAUUUUAUCUUGUCAUAUUAGGAACUUGCAUCAUCACCUAGUCUUCUAUCUUCCUAGAGAAACUUGUCAUGUUCACUUUGCUAAAGUGUGCAUUUCAAGUUGAGAGAUAGAUAGGCCAAGAGACCGUUAAAAAUAACUUGGAUUUUCGCAAUUCUUGUUUCAUGACAGAACAUGACAAUAUUCUUUUGAUUCAUGUAACGUUUCUCCUAAGUAGGAAAAGGUUUGGGGCUUUGCUUGUUGGUACAUAUAGUAUUUAAAAAAAAAUUAGACUCAGCAUGUAUUAGAAAUGAGAUUGGAGAUGGCUGCAACACAGAAGGAUCCUAGCUGGUUAUUUCAAACUAUUUCACCCCUUUUAAAUUUCAUCAGUAGUUUCAAAGUGAAUAUCAGUUUGAAGAUCAAUGGUUUUAGAUUUUAAAUUAUGGUGGGAUAACUGAGAAGAAAGAAGGAUCAAGAAAGCCACUUGCCAAGAAAUUAAAAGUGAAAAUGUAUCACUCACUCCAACUACCCAACCCACCAUAACAAGUCUUCUAUCCAAUUAGCCAAGCCUUGCAUGAGGUAACUUGUAACAGUAACUGUCCAUGUUGAGAGGGUAUAAAUCUUGUGCAGGAUAGUACUUGUAAUCAAGAAUGAUUUUUAUCAAAUACUAAAUUAAAACAAUCGGCUUAAAGACUAAAAAUUUGCCAAAAUAAUUAUAAAGCUGAAUGUUAAAAAAUAAGAAUAAUUGCCAGUCUAAGUCUAGAAGAAUCUGGAAACUUUCCCAAAAGCAAACGCUAGAAGUCUAAAAUUAAAACAUAGUGGCAUUACUUUGCCCAGACGAAACUAAGAGAACAUCCAACACAUUCAAGAUGACCCUGAAACUUUUGGUAUUUGAUUUCAUCAAAGAAACAGAUUUUCAGAAGAGAAAUGUAAAGGAAGGAAAGAGAACAAAACUACAGCUUUAGGCAACUAAGCUGAGUUCUGUAGUCAUUAGUUCUCCUUAAGUAUUUAUAUUGUAAGUUCAAGAAGAAAAAUAC